CUUAAUGGCUGACGCUUAGCGUUUGGAAUAAUUCAGGGAACAGAUUUAUUUUUUACCAAGUAAAUACUGAGCUGUUCCUUACAUCCUGUGGUUAUCAACUUAACAUCAUAUCCAAGGACAAAAUAAUCCACAACCUUUUGUUAAUGGAACCUAAAUCUCGUGAAAGAUUCCAUAUGCUUUACUGGGAGAAUAGCCGGCCGUUUCAACCAAUUAAGAUGUGACAGCUGUAAUCCAACAUAGUAUAUAUGGCAGGGCUCUGUUUGGAAAGAUUGACCAUGGUGACAGAAGACAAAUCAAGGGAAGGCAACAUGGCCAAAAGCACAAAGACAUCAAAAGUGACAAAAUUUUCUGGUGCCAUAACUGGGGGCCAUCGAGAGGUGACCCAGAGGACUGCAAGGCUUUAUGACGACAGGGAGAAGGUGAUCUAUGAGGAAAGCCUGGGGGAAUCCUCCUGCACUGGAACAGAAGAGGGUGGAGAUGAUAAGGAGGACAGGUGGCACAAGAUCGUGCCACCGACAGAGAUAGCAUCCAAUGGCACAAUUCCAUCAGACAUGAGAGAAAAGUCCGUUCACGAAGAGGCCAGUCCAGUGGUCAUAUGUGACCUACGACUAAGAGGGUCAAGUGGGCAGGUCUGGAGUGGGACGGAGGAUGACAUCACAGAGGAGCCGGACUUGACCUCCGUGGAGAGGUCUUCCUCACUGUCCUUCCUGGACUGGCAGAACAGGGAUGACUCGGACGUGCAGACUACGCUGGCCAUCGAGGUGGACAUCAACAAGACGGAGGUGGUCCUGAUCGACGAGGACGACGACAUGUCCCUGAGGGAGAAGACGGUGACGGACGUCUCGAUGAUGGACGGGAACGCAGCGGAGCUCGUGUGCGGGAGACUCCUGUCCAUUUCCACAGACUCGUCCUCUGAGUGCAAGCAGGAGAGCCUAGCUGCCGAGACUCCACUACCGGCCAGUGAUGAAAUCAAAAAGCGCCGUUGUUGUUUUUGCACAAUCCUAUGAAUGCUUUGUAUUCUUGCACAUGGAAGGGCGCACUGAUGCACAUGUAAACACCCUGCACUUUCACCAGAUUUUUUUUUAUGGUUUUUUGGUGGGACUCACUUUUAGCUUGGCUUUGUUUCAUUUAUAUUUUGAGCAAGCUUACUUAACUCAUUGAAUGCCAAGCUGUUUUCGGAAGCUUUGUCCUAGAG